AUGAAUUGUUUAUGCUUAAAUGUCAGGGGUUGUGGAGUAUCGCACAAGAUAGAUUGGAUUCUCAGGAUAAAAAACUCUCAAAAAGUAGACUUCGUAGGCAUACAAGAAACAUGGGUCGCUGAUCCAAACGACAUAGACUUUACUGGUGCUUGGGGUAAUUCGAAUUUUGAGGUGGCUUUCGUCAAUCCUGUUGGUAGAUCUGGUGGCAUUGUAAGCAUGUGGGACCCGAUGAUUUUUGUUAGGUCUCAUAUUUUCUCUUCCAGAAACUAUUUGGCAAUAUAUGGGAAUUGGAAUGGUAUUCCAGGUACAACAACUCUUAUGAAUGUUUAUGGCCCUCAAUCAGUAUGUGAUAAAAGAAAGCUAUGGGAGGACUUAUUAAAACUCAAAAGAAGUAUUAAUGGUAUUUGGAUUUUCUUCGGUGAUUUCAAUGCAGUGAGAUACGAUUUCGAGCGGUUCAAUUCAAGAUUUUGUCGAGCUACUGCUAGAGAUUUCAACAAAUUUAUAGUAGACGCGGGUCUCCAGGAGUUCAACCUUGGUGGUAAAAAAUUUACGUAUCUUUGUGAUGAUGGGCUAAAACUCAACAAGCUUGAUCGUUACCUAGUCUGCUCUAAUUUCAUCGCUCACCAACCUCUUACCAUAGUUAUUGUUCUACCCCGUGAACAUUCCGAUCACACUCCUUUGAUCCUAAAGCCUUCAAAUCAAGAUUUUGGACCCACUCCAUGUAGGUUCUUCAAUUCAUGGAUACAUAAAGAUGGUUUCGAACACACCUUUACACAAGCAUAUAACUCGUUUAGGGGCUUCGGAGCACCUGACAUGUACCUUAAAGCAAAAUUAAAAUUUGUCAAGAAGAAAAUUAUUAACUGGCGAAAGUCCGAAUCGGAUGUUGAAUCUACGAUGUUAACACAAAUCAAGAAGAAGGUGGAGCACCUGGAAAUGAUUGUCGAAUCCAGAUGCCUAACAGAUGCUGAAAUUAAAGAUCGUAUAGCUUAUAAAUCCAAAAUUGCCGAAUUGGAAAAUUUUCUAAGCAAGAUUUACAACAAAAGCAAAAAUAAAAUGGUUGGUGGAUGGUGA